AUGUACGUCACCACCAUCACCAACAAUAACAAAACCUACCCCAUCAUCUACCCCUACACCAACAACUACCACGAUGCCUACUACAACAACAGGACCUACCCCAUCAUCUACACUUGCACCUACAACUACCAUGAAGCCUACUACAACAACAGGACCUACCCCAUCAUCUACCCCUACACCAACAACUACCACGAAGCCUACUACAACAACAGCAUCAACCACAUCAUCCACCCCUACACCGGCAACUACCACGAAGCCUACUACAACAACAGGACCUACCCCAUCAUCCGCCCCUACACCGACAACUUCCAUGAAGCCUACUACAACAAUAGGAUCUACCGCAUCAUCUACCCCUACACCGACAACUACUACAAAGCUUACUACAACAACAGGAUCUACCACAUCAUCUACUCCUGCACCGACAACUACCACGAAGCCUACUACAACAACAGAAUCCAGCACAUCAUCUACCCCUACACCGGCAACUACCACAAAGCCUACUACAACAACAGAAUCCAGCACAUCAUCUACCCCUACACCGGCAACUACCACAAAGCCUACUACAACAACAGAAUCCAGCACAUCAUCUACCCCUACACCGGCAACUACCACAAAGCCUACUACAACAACAGAAUCCAGCACAUCAUCUACCCCUACACCGGCAACUACCACAAAGCCUACUACAACAACAGAAUCCAGCACAUCAUCUACCCCUACACCGGCAACUACCACAAAGCCUACUACAACAACAGAAUCCAGCACAUCAUCUACCCCUACACCGGCAACUACCACAAAGCCUACUACAACAACAGAAUCCAGCACAUCAUCUACCCCUACACCGGCAACUACCACAAAGCCUACUACAACAACAGAAUCCAGCACAUCAUCUACCCCUACACCGGCAACUACCACAAAGCCUACUACAACAACAGAAUCCAGCACAUCAUCUACCCCUACACCGGCAACUACCACAAAGCCUACUACAACAACAGAAUCCAGCACAUCAUCUACCCCUACACCGGCAACUACCACAAAGCCUACUACAACAACAGAAUCCAGCACAUCAUCUACCCCUACACCGGCAACUACCACAAAGCCUACUACAACAACAGAAUCCAGCACAUCAUCUACCCCUACACCGGCAACUACCACAAAGCCUACUACAACAACAGAAUCAACCACAUCACCUACUUCUAUACCAACAACUACCAUGAAACCUACUACUACAACAACAGCAACAACACCAAAAUCUACCACAUCAUCUACCCCUACACCAACAACUACCACAAAGCCUUCUACAACAAAAUCAACAACAUCACCUACCCCUAUACCAACAACUACCACAAAGCCUACUACAACAACAGAAUCCAGCACAUCAUCUACCCCUACACCGGCAACUACCACAAAGCCUACAACAACAGCAUCAACCACAUCAUCCCCCCCAUCACCGGCAACUACCACAAAGCCUACUACAACAACAGGACCUACCACGUCAUCCACCCCCACACCGACAACUACCACAAAGCCUACUAUGAAGCCUACUACAACAACAGGACCUACCCCAUCAUCUACCCCUGCACCGACAAUUACCACAAAGCCUACUACAACAACAGGACCUACCCCAUCAUCUACUCCUGCACCGACAACUACCACGAAGCCUACUACAACAACAGAAUCAACCACAUCCCCUUCCCCUACACCAACUACCACAAAGCCUACUACAACAACAGAAUCAACCACAUCCCCUACCCCUACACCAACAACCAUGAACACAUUAUCUACCCCUACACCAACAACUACCACAAAGCCUACUACAACAAAAUCAACAACAUCACCUACCCCUAUACCAACAACUGCCACAAAGCCUACUACAACAACAGAAUCCACCACAUCAUCUACCCCUACACCGGCAACUACCACAAAGCCUACUACAACCACAGGACCUAUCACAUCAUCCACCCCCACACCGACAACUACCACAAAACCUACUAUGAAGCCUACUACAACAACAGGAUCAACCACAUCAUCCACCCAUACACCGGCAACUACCACGAAGCCUACUACAACAACAGGAUCUACCACAUCAUCUACCCCUACACCGACAACUACUACAAACACAUCAUCUACCCCUACACCAACAACUACCACAAAGCCUACUACAACAACAGAAUCCACCACAUCAUCUACCCCUACUCCAAAAACUACCACAAAGCCUACAACAACAGCAUCAACCACAUCACCCAUCCCUUCACCGGCAACUACCACAAAGCUUAUUACAACAACAGGACCUACCACAUCAUCCACCCCCACACCAACAACUACCACGAAGCCUACUACGAAGCCUACUACAACAACAGCAUCAACCACAUCAUCCCCCCCUACACCGACAACUACCACGAAGCCUACUACGAAGCCUACUACAACAGCAGGACCUACCCCAUCAUCCGCCCCUACGGCAACUACCAUAAAGCCUACCACAACAACAGGACCUACCCCAUCAUCCGCCCCUACGGCAACUACCAUAAAGCCUACCACAACAACAGGACCUACCCCAUCAUCCGCCCCUACGGCAACUACCAUAAAGCCUACCACAACAACAGGACCUACCCCAUCAUCCGCCCCUACGGCAACUACCAUAAAGCCUACCACAACAACAGGACCUACCCCAUCAUCCGCCCCUACGGCAACUACCAUAAAGCCUACCACAACAACAGGACCUACCCCAUCAUCCGCCCCUACGGCAACUACCAUAAAGACCUACCCCAUCAUCCGCCCCUACGGCAACUACCAUAA